CUGGGGAGUCUCUUGCUGACUACUGAGAAGAUGAUGAGCUCAAGCUAUUGGAGUGAGACCAGCAGCAGCAGCUGUGGGACUCAGCAACCCCCAGAGGCGCUGCAGUGCCAGUCCCAGCAUUAUCACUGCCACCAUAAAUCAAGCCAGGCCCAGCAGCCUCAAGAAAACAAUGUUGUUUAUGAACGAGUGAGGACCUACAGCGGGCCCAUGAACAAGGUGGUGCAGGCCUUGGAUCCCAUCGGUUCACAGGAAAUGAUCUCCCCUCUCAAAACCACCUCCUCCUACCAAAAUUUGGUUUGGAGCGACCAUUCCCAGGAACUCUAUUCUCCAAAUCUGAAAACAUCUGCUUGUGCCCCAAGCACUCUACAUGUAACCCAAAAUACCGAACAGGAACUGCAUUCUCCAACAGUGAAAGUCACUACAUAUCCACAGACUACUAUUAGACGAUAUAUAGUACAAAAUCCUGAACAGGAACCACUAUCUCCAUUCCUAAGAGGAGGCCAUUUCUUUCCAGGAAAUAAUGUUAUUUAUGAAAAAACAAUCAGGAAAGUAGAGAAACUAAAUACAGAUCAGGAAUGCUAUCCUCAGGUUCAGUGCCAUCAUCACAUUGUCCAACAACCCCAGAUCAUCCACUCUCCACAUUGUCAGCAGUCCCAUUCUAACCAGCAAAUCCAAACCAUCACAGAAAGUGAUUCAAUUUCUACAAACAUUGGAAAUGAGCUGUGCCAUGGGGGAUCAAACCAGAUUCACGAGCAGGUGAUAAUUCAGGAUGAUGGCCCUGAAAAAUUGGACCCCAAAUAUUUUGGAGAGUUGCUUGCUGAUCUAAACCGUAAGAAUACAGAUCUAUAUCACUGCUUAUUAGAACAUUUGGAGAGAAUUGGAGGAAGCAAACAAGACUUUGAGUCUGAAAAUGAGUCAGAGGACGUCGAAUCAUUGAUUCCUAAAGGAUUGUCAGAGUUUACAAAACAGCAAAUUCGCUAUAUUCUGCAGAUGAGGGGCAUGUCUGUUAAGUCACUCCGUCUAGUGCUGUCCACAUUUAACAAUAUACGAGAGGAACUUGGACAUCUUCAAAAUGAUUUGACAUCACUGGAAAAUGACAAGAUAAGACUUGAGAAAGACUUGGCAUUCAAAGAAACUCAAACAAAAGAAUAUGAAGAACUCUUGGCAUCAGUGAGAGCAAACAAUCGCCAGCAGCAGCAAGGACUUCAAGACUCAAGCUCAAAAUGCCAGACAUUGGAAGAAAACAAUCUCUCUCUUCGGCAUACACUGUCAGACAUGGAAUACAGACUAAAAGAACUAGAAUAUUGUAAAUGCAGUUUAGAGCAAGAGAAUAAAAACCUUAGGAUGCAGGUUUCUGAGACUUGCACAGGCCCAAUGCUGCAAGCUAAAAUGGAUGAGAUUGGCAACCAUUAUAUGGAGAUGGUAAAAAACUUGAGAAUGGAGAAAGAUAGCGAAAUCUGCAAGCUAAGGUCCCAAUUAAACCAGUACCAAAAAGAUGUUUCAAGAAGAGAAGGAAGUUGUAGUGACUUCCAAUUUAAGCUUCAUGAACUGACAACCUUGCUGGAAGAGAAGGAUUCCCUUAUAAAGCGUCAGUCAGAGGAACUCUCAAAGUUGAGACAAGAAAUAUAUUCAUCUCAUAACCAACCCUCCAGUGGUGGAAGGACUACUAUUACUACUAAAAAGUACAGGACACAAUAUCCCAUCCUAGGCCUCCUGUAUGAUGACUAUGAAUAUAUACCACCAGGUAGUGACACACAGACUAUUGUGAUUGAGAAAACAGAAGACAAAUGGACUUGUCCAUGAAUGAAUCCACUUUAAAGUAUUACAACUUAAAGGUGUUUUUUUGUGUGUCUGCAUUAGUACUUUGUUAUUUUUCCAUCACUAAGGGCCAAUCAGUAUUUUGAACCAGGCUACUACUCAACAAAUCUAAUGAAAUGAAUUAGUUAUUCUGAUGACAGUUUCCCCAGCCAUUUAUGAGACUUGAAUCCUUUCUUUAACAUUUAUAUCUUCAAUAUAAAAACACAAACUGAAAGAAGGACCUGCUUGCUUAACCUUCGAUUGCAGACACUAUAGAAGAUAGCCCAUUAUUUUUUCAGAUAGAGUGCUUCCUAGAUACUGAACUAAUUUGUUGGGGCAGAGAUUUUACAAAGUAUGCCAUUAGAAGAUUUUUUUCUGAUAAGAGGCAUGCAGUUCAGCUACAAGAUGAAAUAAUGUUUUCUUUAACAAAAAA